GGCCGACACAAAAAAUAUGGGGUGCAUUCCCUCGCAGCCCAGGCCUCCCCCUCCAGUCACGCUCACUCUCUCCCACGCCGGGCAGACAUACAGCCGAACGCUGGAGUUCCCGCCAUCGGAAAUGUCGCCCUCUGCCAAAGGAGAGGAGCGCCAAAGCCGCAUUCGCAAGCUCUUCUAUGACGCGUGCUGUGAGCUGGUGACUCAGGCUGGGCAGCGCCUGGAGACCGUCUCAUUUGUGUCCAUCCACGAGAAUGGGACCACCGUCGUGUUUGAUCCGUUGGAGGCCUUUGAGCUUGUCGGAGGUGAACACAAUGAUCAGCAUGAUCAACGUCCGUGUCAUCCUUGUUGUUGUCGUACGGGCAUGCAAACAGGGUUUUACUCCGUGUUGCUGCACGAGAAGACGCAAGGUAAGGACGCAGCAGAUGGGCGACACACAAUGACAUGUGUGCUUGCACGCAGAGGAGGAGACAUCGGAUUGGAAGGAGAUUGAGCGGGCCUCCAUCAGGCGGUCAGUCGUUGUGUGCCCCAACGCAAGCCCGCUCGAGGGCAAGGUGCCGAUAUGGAAGGUCUUCGUCUACUCCAUGCCUGACCUGUCCAAAAUAUCAAUCCAGCUCCUCAUCAACAUACACCUCCUCACCUACUACGAAGAGAUAGGUACGCUGGCGAGAUAUGAACAGAGACAAAACACAUUCACUCGUUUGUCGUCUUCCUUCAGGCACGUCGCUGGCCUUGAUGGCCUUCUUUCAGGCCAUUGGAAGGUCGCUCGACGUCUUGUCUGACCCAUGUAUGGCCAACAUCACUGAUGGGGCCGCCACACCCUUCGGCAGACGGCGGCCGUUCAUGUUUGUGGGCACAUUUCUGUACGCCGGUUUCCUGUUCAUGCUAUGUGCCCCUCCGCCAUGGCUGAAACAGGGAGAUUCCGUCGGGUGAGAGAGACACACAGAGAGACACCAAGAGAAGGUGCAUGGUUUGAUCUGGCUGGUUGGUUGGUCAGGUAUUGGUUCGGCAUGGCGUAUAUCUUCUACUUUCUGGCAGACACCCUGUGUCAUGUGCCGCACAAUGCACUGGGGAUGGAGCUGACGACCGACCCCAGAGAGAGACGAAACAUAUUCUGCUUCGUCAAGCUAUUCGAAGGCGUCGGCUCCCUGCUCGCAGCCACUCUGCCGGUCGUCAUCCAGUCGAUGUGGAAAGCGCCAUGCGACUUCUCACAGUGCAUUCUGGACCACAAGACGGGCCUCUGCGCGUCGCCGCACGCCCAGCUGAUGAAAUGUGAGACUUCCCAUCACAGUAGGGCGGCAGGGCUAGCACUGACCAUCGUCGGUGGUUUCUUCGCUGGCUUUCAUGUGGUGUCGACGCUGCUGGUGGUGUGGUGCAUCCGCGAGCACCCCAGAGAGAGCAGGGGCGAGAGCAGCUGGCUGAAGGUUGUGCCCAACCUGCUCAACACCAUGGGCAACCAACCUUUCCGAGUGCUGCUCUCAGCAUGGAUCUUCGACGUACUCGUCGCCCAGAUGCAGGCUGUUAUGAUCCCCUUCUACUUUCAGUACGUUGCAUGUUUGUUUGACUUCUCAUUUGCAAUCUGUUUACGUCUCUCAAUCCGACGGUGAGUGAGGUACGUCAUAGCGCCUGAGCAGAGCUGCUACGAGAACGCCAAGAGCCGCGACAUCAUGAGCUGGCAGUGCCAGACGUCAUCCUGGGUCGGCAUCACGGGCGUCUCGUUUCUCGGGGCCGCCAUCUGUGCGAUGCCCGUGUGGUUCAUGCUCGCGCGCCGUUUCGGAGAUUACCCCAUGUGGCUGGUCUUCAACCUGACCAACGCGCUGACGACGUCGCUCUUCCUGGUGACUGGGAAGGGCCAGAUGUGGUUGACUAUCGCGUGCUGCGUCAUCAACGGGCUGCCGCUUGGCGCCAAGUUCCUCACGUAGGCCGUGACACCCACUCAGUGGUGUGUGGGUGUGGAAGAGACAUGCUUGUCUUGUGUCUUGUGUCUUGUGUCUUGUGUGUGCAGGGAGACCAUGCUGGGCCUCUGCAUCGACUAUGACGAGGCAUGCAUCAUGUCGCAGACGCCCAGCACUGCACAUAUGUCUCCGUCUUCGCAGGUUCGUUCAGGCGAGAGGACGGAGGCCAACUUCACCAUGUUCGCGUCCUUCGCGCCCAAGCUGGUGUCAAUACCAGCAGCCGCACUCCCACUCGCCAUUCUGGUGGACAGAUACAUACGAGAUGAGGCACGCGCACAUGUGACGGCGAGUGUGUCUCUGUGUGCUCAGGCGUCAUCAGGGUUCGUCCCGUCCGUUGACGGCGCGCCGCAGCCGCAGCCAUGGCACGUCAUCCAAAUCAUCAGAAUGUUCUUCGCAUACCUGCCCCUCGGUACACACACACACACACACACACACACAGAGAGAGAGAGAGGUGGGAGAGAGACGGCGCAAAAUGUUUUAAGUGCCCUUCUGUCUCUGUCUGUGUCUGCAGGCCUGUCCGUUGUGUCGUUCGUGGUCAAGUUUACCUUCUUCCCCUUCACCGACGUGCCCAUGGCGGACAGCGCCAUCAAGACGGCCCUGCAGCAGAUAGCCAGGGUCCAGUGCUUCAUGGACCCGGCCCACCACACUUGCAAACUCCCAUUCGUCCCCAGAAAUGAAGACGAGGCGCGAAUCAAGAUAUUGAUGGACCAUUUCUCGGGCUACCGCGCCAUCGAGCUGGCCGUGACGGAGAAGAAGCUGGGCGUGCACCCUGUGGGCCGAGGAUUCCUCCGGACGUCGAUGGGUUGGGCUGUGGCGACGCUGGUGCUGGCGGUGUCUCUGUAUACGGGGUCCAUCUACACACUGCCACUCCCCUCUAGCAAGGAGAGAAGCGUAAGCUCCUUGCUGUCUGUGAUGUGUUGGUGUGAGGAUCGAUUUCGGGAUGUGAUGUGAUGCGCUGUCUUGUCUUGUCUUGGGUGUGGUGUGCAGUGGCUGCCGUCUCUGCUGGUGAUAUUUGCCGGUGUCUUCCUGAUGAUGUUCGCCUUCUACCUCCUCAGCAUCGUCGCCGCCAUGCAGCUACAGAGGAGACACACAGACGUACGUACCUCGCUGAUACUUCCCCCCUGCCAACAUACACACGCCUCACCUCACCUGGACAAACAACAUACUCUGUCUGUGUGUCUGUCCACAGGUGAGUGAGUCUUUCCUUCUCCGUCUAUGGAAAUAUCGCCGCGGCUCCAUCGAGGCCACAGAGAAGGAACGCCAGCUGAUGGACGAGGUGGCCAAGACGUGGGACGCCAUCAAACGAAGGCACUCCGAUGACCUCGCCCUGAGUCGGAAGAGCGUGCUGAUGAUCCCGCGAGAGACCAGGCGGCGAAGUGCGUAUCGGUGGAGUGCUGACGGGGCGCAGCAACAGACAGAGCAGAGGCGACAGACAGAGCAGCCGAGAGAGAUGGGCGAGGGAAUGCUCUAGCUAUGUGACGCGAGGAAGCGACAUGCUCCGUGUGUGGGGG